AUGGGCAAUACCCUUCUGGAUAGAUUACGUUCAAUGCAGACUGAAUUGACUGGCAUUCGUCAAGAUAUUCACUCUCAUCCGGAGUCAGCCAUGAAAGAAUUACGUACAUCUUCUAUAGUUGCUACUAAACUUAAACAAUGGGGCUUAACUGUUACUGAAGGAGUAGGCAAUCUGGGUGUAGUUGGCACGUUGAAAAGUAACAUACCAGGCAAUCAAUCAAUUGGCCUUCGUGCUGAUAUGGAUGCUCUUGAAAUUGGCGAAAAGAACGAUCUACCAUAUGUUUCUACGAAUUUUGGUAUCAUGCAUGCUUGUGGCCACGACGGACAUACAGUGAUGCUACUUGGUGCAGCUAAAUAUCUAUCAGAAAAUCGAGAUUCAUUCUAUGGAACUGUGCACUUUAUUUUUCAACCAGCUGAAGAAAAUGGUGCUGGCGCUCUUCAUAUGAUUGAAGAUGAAUUAUUCGAUCGAUUUCCAAUGGAUGCAAUCUAUGGAUUGCAUAAUGCUGCAGGUUUACCCGUUGGAGAAUUUGCCAUUCGAUCAGGUUCAAUGAUGUCAGCAGCCGAUACUUGGACUGUUACAUUUCGAGGUACGGGUGGUCAUGGUGCUGCACCACAUUUAGCUACCGAUGUAACUGUGUUGCUAGCACAAUUCAUUCUAUCAUUACAAACAAUCAUUAGUCGUAAUAUCGAACCAACAGAUCCUGCUGUGAUAAGUGUUGGUGCAAUUGAAGGUGGAUAUUUUAGAUCAUUAAAUGUAUUACCCUCAGAAAUUCGUGUUGGUGGUACUGCCCGCAGUUUUACAAAAGGAGUGCGAGAUACUAUUGAACAACGUAUGAAAGAGUUAGCACAUGGUCUUGCGACUAGUUUCGGAUGUAAAGCUGAUGUAGUAUACAAUCGAGAAGGAAUUUCACUUGUUAAUGAUGUUCAAUCGACAGAACGUGCCAUUAGAGCAGCCGAAAGUCUCGUCAGUGCCAAAAGCGUCUUUGGAAACAUACCACCAAUAAUGGGCUCAGAAGAUUUUGCUGAAAUGCUUGAACACAAAGCAGGCGCAUAUAUAUUUAUGGGAAAUGGAAAUAACUCUGGUGCAUUGCAUUCGCCAACAUAUAACUUCAAUGAUGAUGCUACAAUUUUCGGUGUGGGCUAUUGGAUUAGUCUAGUACAACAAGAACUUCAAAAUAAGCUUCGCGUAACUACACUGUAA